UCACAUGAUAACGUAAACAUGGCGGAUGACGUGCGAAUUACAUUCAUACUCAACGAGAUUUGGCUGUAAAGUACGUACUCUUUUAGCGCUCGUUAAAUUUUACGAUAUGCAUUCAUUUGGACGAUAAACAAUUAAUAAAACCACAACGUCAAGAAACUCACAUAGUAUUGAUUUUAUUAUGUGACGUCUCCAUAUAACAGUAUCCGAAGUAGCCUAUUAAUAUUUCAAGAUCGAUCCGCCCAACCGACGUCAGAUGUGGACUUGGACCACCGAAAGAAGUAAACUGUCGAACUUUAUAUUCAGAGAUAAGAACAACGUUCUAAAGACACGUGUUACAGACUUCUGUGAAUCACACCGUUCUAUAUACAUUAUUUGACAUAUCAAACCAUUUGUCAAGAUGAGCGAACCAGAAAAUACAUCCAGGUGUCAAGCGUGCUUGAGAUGUUUUUUACCUGUGCACUUUACAAGAGAAAUUGUAAACUUAUGCUCUCUAGCUCUGCCUGUGUUUUUGUCCUAUCUUUUCGACUAUUUAAUCAUUUUCGUAAGCACUGUGUUCUGUGGGCACCUGGGAAAGGUAGAGCUUGAUGGUGUGACUCUUGCCACAGCUGCCAUCAAUGUUAUGGGUAUUUGUAUAGGUUACGGCUUGUCCGCAGCAUGUGACACACUUAUUUCUCAGGCUUUUGGAGCUGGUAAUUUGCAUCUAGUUGGUGUUAUAACUCAGAAGGCAGUUUUAAUUCUGCUGCUCGCAUGCUUGCCAUGCUGCGCCCUUCUUAUCAAUACAGAGUCAGUAUUACUGCUUGUAGGGCAAAGCCCCGAGGUUGCCAGAGUAUCUCAGCUGUAUGUGGACAUUUUUUUGCCUGGUCUUCCGGCUGCUUUUAUGUUCAUUAUUGAAGCAAAAUAUCUACAGAACCAGGGAAAAACUUGGCCUCUGGUCAUUACCGGAGUAGUGGCAAAUGUCCUAAAUGCUUUAAUCAACUAUAUCUUCCUCUUUGUCCUGGAUAUGGGUGUUACUGGAUCAGCAGCUGCUAAUACAAUCUCACAGUACAGUCUGGCCAUCAUAUUGCUUAUCUACAUCCGAUGCACAGGUCUUCAUAAGGAUACUUGGCCUGGUUGGUCGAUGGACUGUUUGCAGGAGUGGGACUCGUUUAUCCAUCUGGCUCUUCCAAGUAUGCUCAUGAUGUGUGCAGAGUGGUGGACUUAUGAGAUUGGAGGAUUACUCGCAGGUCUGAUAGGUGAAGUGGAGCUCGGAGCUCAGUCAGUUAUGUACAGCCUAGCAAAUAUUGCAUACAUGAUCCCUAUAGGCUUCAGUGUCGCCGGCAAUGUGAGAGUGGGGAAUGCUAUGGGAGCAGGAGACGUUGCUCAAGCCAAGCUCUCUGCCAAACUCUCAAUAAUUUGUGCAGUCUCUGUUGCAGUGGUUUUGGCAAUUAUUGUUGGUUCUUCAAAGAAUGUAAUUGCUUACAUCUUCACAAAUGACAAAGACAUCAGAAUGAGGGUUGCCACGGUAAUGGUUUUAUUCGCUCCUUUCCAUCUUCUUGAUUCAACAGCGGCAGCAGGUGGCAGUAUAGUGAAAGGUUUGGGCAAGCAGAAGAUUGGGGCUGUCUGCAACUUGGUGGGAUUUGUUUUGGUUGGCUUUCCUAUUGGAAUAUCCCUGAUGUUUGCUGCAAAAUGGGGAGUUUUUGGUCUGUGGACUGGCCUGUUAAUUUCCGUCUUCCUUCAGUCAGUGUUUCUCAUUGCCCUUCUUUUCAAACUGAACUGGCAGAAAGCCUCUGUGGAGGCACAGAUCAGGGCUGGAGUGUUGACAAGAGGGACAGAUGAUGGUGCACAAGAGGACGGUGGAAAUACUGAAGGCCGUGAUCUGGAUAUGGCUACAGAUAUGGAUGGGCUACUGGAUGAGCAGGCCGAUGUACUACUUGCUACAGUGAGGGUGCAGCUGCCACUGAGCGCGCUAGUGCUGCGCCGAGGUCUGGUUGUGGCAGCUAUGCUAGCACUCCUCGCUGCUGGACUCGCCGUUAGGUUCUUUCUUAAAAGAUGACGUCUUAACAGCUGAAGGACUGGUACUGGGUAAAGAGUAUUUUAAAGCAGACAGACAUGUCAUAGGACUUUACCCAAAACCAACCAAUGUAAUAUGUUUAUUAUAUUCACUCUGUACUGUAUUUAAAAGGCAGGUGAUGCCUGUGAGGCACAAAACAGGGCACCUUUCUGGGAUUUCAGACGGUGUCUUGGCAUUAAAGGAAUAGUUCAACCAAAAAUGAAAAUUCUGUCAUUUAUUACGCACCCUCAUGUCGUUCCAAACCAGUUAGACAGUUCAUCUUCAGAACACAAAUUAAGAUAUUUUUGAUGAAAUCUGAGAGCUUUCUGACCCUGCAUAGACAGCAACACAACUGCCACUGUCAGAGGCCGGAAAGGUAGGCAGGACAUCAAUAAAAUAGUCCAUGUGACAUCAGUGGUUCAACUGUAAUUUUAUGACACUAUGAAAAUAAAGUGAAUAAAGUUAUUUUUGUUUUUUCUUGAGCACAAAAAGUAUUCUUAAAAAGUUGAACCACUGGACUAUUUUAAUGAUGUCCUGACCAACUUAUUGGGCCUUGAACAUGUCAGUUGUGUUGCUGUCUAUGCAGGGUCAGAAAGCUUUUGGAUUUCAUCAAAAAUAUCUUAAUUUCCCUUCUUGAAGAUGAACGAAAGUCUCUGGGUUUGACAUGGGAAUGACAUGAGGGUGAGUAAUUAAUUAAUUGGGUGACUAGCCCUUUAAAUAUCCAGGUUUUGCUUUACAUUACGUGGAGUGAGACAUUAUGUAUGUACUCAUUUUGUAUUAAUGUUUACAUUUAUUUAUAUGAAUAUAUUUAUAUAUAUAUUACUCAAACAAAAACAACCAGUACAAUGCUGUACUAUCCCAAGUUCUUCCAAAAAUCCAGCUGUUUCAGCUUGUAAAGCCAUACUUUCAUUCCCACAUGCUCUCACAUCUUUAUCAUCUCAUGAAUUUAUAUUAAAAAGAGCAAAUGUGUUACUGCAAACGCAAAUGGCAAACAUAUUAAAUGAAUGUUAUUUCAUGGACUGAAGCUGAAAUUGACUUUUU